AUGAAGCUGAGCAUCGCCACCGUAGCCGUGGCGCUCGCCGCGGUGUCUUCGACCUGCAUCGAUGCGUUGCCUGUGCCGCUCAUGUCGCGGGCGCCAGCGCCGGACGUGUACAACAUCAACGUCAGGAACCUGUACCCUGAAGACACGCUGUUCGACCGUGCACGCAACCUGUUCUACCAGUCGAACCUGUGGAAGGGUCGCGUGUCGGUGUGGAACGUGGCGGACAACUCGCACUUCAACGUGCUCAUCCCUGGAGUCUCUUCGGACGGCAACGGCGACCAACAGAUGGCGGGACUGUCGAUGAAUGGAGCGGGCGACAAGCUGUUUGCGGUGGCCAAGAAUGCGGCCGCCUUCCGGUUUGGAGCGGGGCAGCGCAAGGACGGCGCCGACUCGUUCCACCGCUUCAACCUUCCCGUCAACGCGCAGAGCACACCCGCAUGGAGUGUGAGCCUCAACGGAGUGCAGAACGAGUUUGAACAGCAGCGCGGCUCGAUGCCGUUUGGACCUGUGGACUCGGCGCAGGAUGCACAGGACAACUCGUACGUGGUGUUUGCGCUCGGCAUCCCGGCCAUCGCCAAGGUAUCGCCCGAUGGCCGUACCGUCACUCCCUGGUUCGCUGAGGCUUCCAACGGCAGCGAGCGACCCGGCUACACGGGAGUCGCCUACAUCCCCGAGGACAAUGUGGUGGUGGCGUUCGGUGGACCCAGGCCGCUCACCGCGUUCGAUCUGAGCCAGCCUACGCCCACGGCGAUCCCGGUGAGGCUGACGGGGGAGAACUUUGGCGGCCUGGAUGGUACCGAGAAGCUGCACGGCAUCCGGGUCAACGGCAAGACGAACCUGUUUGGAGCCAAGGCGCCGCUGGCGUACCGCUUCGAGUCGUCGGACGGCUGGAGGAGUGCGUCGGUGCGGUCGUCGACGCGCGACGAGUUCAAGAGCAACUCGCUCACCGUGGUCACCGAGGCCAACUUUGAUGGCCAGCAGCAGAUCUACGGCGGCGGCGCCUACUUUGGCGAGGGAGCCAAUGGCGGACGCACGCAGUUCCCGCUCUACCGCAUCUACAACCUUAUUUGA